UUACCAAAUUAUUUCAACUGUGAUAAAUUAAAUAAGUGUUUAUUUUAAAAAUUAAGAAGAAAAUAUAUUCUAAACCUACGACAUUAUGAGCCGUCCCAUUGAUAUUCUUUUGGAAAGAGUACGUGGCCACCAAAGAGCUCCAUCCGAUUCCAAAGAAUUCCAUGAAUUGACCAAACGUGAUGCUCUCCGUCAAUUGGAAAAUGAUUUGGAUAGACUUUUACAAACUGCCGAACCGGAAACGCGACCUGCCCUACAAACGGAAAUGGAACGCUUUGCCGAGUUGUUCGGUAGAUUUUUACAAGAAGAGGGACCCUCCAUUGAUUGGAAUAAAAUACAAAAAUUACCUGAGAAUGCGGUCAAGGAUUAUAGUUCACUAAAAGCUCCCAAAAAUGAUCAGAUUCGUUCUAUGCUGGACAAAUUGGUUGUCAUUAAACUUAAUGGUGGUCUGGGUACAUCAAUGGGUUGUCAUGGCCCAAAAAGUGUGAUACCUGUACGUUCGGAUUUAACCUUUUUGGAUUUGACUGUGCAACAAAUUGAGCAUCUUAACAAAACCUAUGAUGCCAAUGUCCCAUUGGUGUUGAUGAACUCAUUUAACACAGAUGAAGAUACGGAAAAAAUCAUACGCAAAUAUACAGGAUUCCGUGUUCAAAUCCACACAUUCAAUCAAAGUUGUUUCCCACGCAUUAGCCGUGAGUCGUUUUUGCCCAUUGCCAAAGAUUUCGAUGUGGAGAAAGAUAUUGAAGCUUGGUAUCCACCUGGUCACGGUGAUUUCUAUGAUACCUUCCGCAAUUCGGGUCUAUUGAAGAAAUUCAUUGAUGAAGGCCGUGAAUAUUGUUUCUUGUCGAAUAUUGAUAACCUGGGUGCCACUGUUGAUUUGAAUAUUUUGAAUAAAUUGGUGGGCGAUGAACGCGAUGCCAAACCCGUGGAAUUUGUUAUGGAGGUAACCGAUAAGACCAGAGCUGACGUUAAGGGUGGUACAUUGAUUCAAUUUGAAGAUAAAUUGCGUCUUCUGGAAAUUGCCCAGGUACCAAAAGAACAUGUGGAUGAUUUCAAAUCUGUAAAGACAUUCAAGUUUUUCAACACCAAUAAUAUUUGGGCCAAUUUGUCGGCAAUUGAUCGUGUUCUCCGUGAACGUACCCUGAAUCUGGAAAUCAUCAUUAACAAUAAAACCUUGGAAAACGGGUUACGUGUAAUUCAAUUGGAAACUGCCGUUGGUGCUGCCAUGAAAUGUUUCAACGGUGCCUUGGGUAUUAAUGUGCCACGUUCACGUUUCUUGCCCGUGAAAAAGACCUCCGAUUUAUUACUGGUCAUGUCCAAUUUGUAUAAUUUGAAAAAUGGCAGUUUGGUAAUGUCACCACAACGUAUGUUCCCCACCACACCCUUGGUGAAAUUGGGUGAAAAUCAUUUUGCCAAAGUAAAAGAGUUCCUUGGACGUUUUGCCAAUAUACCAGAUAUCAUUGAAUUGGAUCAUUUAACUGUGUCGGGAGAUGUUACCUUUGGACGUGGUGUAUCAUUAAGGGGUACCGUAAUUAUUAUUGCCAAUCACGGUGAUCGUAUUGAUAUACCAGCUGGUGCCAUAUUGGAGAAUAAAAUUGUAUCUGGUAAUAUGCGUAUUUUGGAUCACUAAAAACAUU